AUGUCUAUUGUUCACCAGCAAGCGUCUGCGGCCUGGCAGCAGCUGGUGUCGCAGGUGUGCGCAUGCAUGGCCAAGCUGAGCGGGGAGCAGCGGCAGGCGCUGCUGCGGUGGCUGAGCGAGCUGCCGGCCGACCAGUUUGGCGCGCGCAACGUGCGGCCGCUGCAACGCCACAUCAGCGGCCUCGCUCACCGCCAGGGCCCGCAGGAUGCUCGGGAGGCGCUGAUGCGGGCGCUGCAACUGUUGGGCCUGAUGUUUGGUGCGAAUGAGAAAGGCACGCGCAAAGUUGCCUUCAGCGAGUUCUACAACCAGGCGCUCAGCGAGAGCAUGGACGUGCAGUAUGAGUAUGUCGUGUGGCGACGAGCCAAGGAGGGCGCAAAGCGGCAGCGGGGUCCGACAGAGCUGGUGUCACUGUGCGAUGUGCCCUUUGUGCUCACGCCGGAGGCCAAGGGGAACAUCUUCAAGAUUGAGGCCGCUCUGCAGAUGCACCACCAGAUGCACUCCUCCGGCGUCAAUGCGCUGCUGCAGGGGGUGAACCCAAGCCUGGUGCAGUUUUUGGACAUUCGCAUCCGGCGCGACCGAGUGCUAGAGGACGCCUUGAAUCAGGUUGUGGGGCGGCCCCACGAGCUGAAGAAGCCGCUGCGAGUCACCUUCAUCUCCCAGGGCGUUGACGAGGAGGGCCUGGACCAGGGCGGCGUCAAAAAGGAGUUCUUCCAGCUGCUCACGCGCGAAAUUUUCAACGAGGCGUACGGCAUGUUUGUGUUCAAUGAGGAGACGCGCACGUACUGGUUCAAUGCCACCUCGAUGGAGGCCGAGACCGAGUUCACGCUGGUGGGGCAGCUGAUGGGCCUGGCCAUCUACAACUCGGUCAUCCUGGACGCCCACUUCCCCCACUGCCUCUACCUCGAGCUGCUCGGCCGCCGGCCCACCUUCCUGGAUCUGAAGCAGGCCAUGCCGGAGCUGGGCCGGGGCCUGCAGCAGCUGUUAAACUUUGAGGGCGAUGUGGAGGCGACCUUUGCGCGCAACUUCGAAGUCGAAUUCGAAUAUUUCGGGGAAAUGCGCACCGAGGAGCUCAAGCCCGGCGGCGCGGACAUCCCAGUGACAAACAACAAUCGGCAGGAGUUUGUGGACCUCAUGACCGACUACUACCUCUGCAGAUCCGUCGCCCGCCAGUUCAGCGCCUUCGCGGCCGGCUUCCACUCUGUGCGCCCCCUGCCCCCACAUAUCCCCCUGUCACACAUGGAUGUUUUAUUAUUGAACGAGGUGGCCGGGGGCCCCGCGCUGAGCCUGCUGCGCGACGAGGAGCUGGAGCUGCUGGUGUGUGGCCUGCCCCACCUCGACUUUGACGCGCUGCAGGCGGCUGCGCGAUACGAGGGCGGCUUUGCAGCCGACCACCCGACCAUGCGCCAGUUCUGGCGCGUCAUCAAAGCACUGCCGCUCGACAAGAAGCGCCGCCUGCUCGCCUUCGCCACCGGCAGCGAUCGGGCGCCGGUGGGGGGUCUGGGGAAGCUGACGCUGAUCAUUCAACGGUCGGGGCCAGAUUCGGACCGACUGCCGACAGCGCACACCUGCUUCAACUACCUGCUGCUGCCAGAGUACGCCUCAGAGGAGAAGCUCCGGUCGCGGCUGCUGACCGCCAUAGAAAACGCCCAGGGCUUUGGCCUGCAAUGA